AUGUUCGCCAACGCCCUCAAGACGUUCGCGGCAUCCAACAUCUCAGCCAACUACUCCAUCUCCUCCAAUCUGACCGCAGUCGCCGGCCCGUGGAAGAUAUACCCGGCAAAGAACAAGAAGACCGGCAAGGAGUGCUCCGUCUUUGUCUUCGACAAGAAAGGUCUCCUCGAUGCCCACCGCGCAGGACUUAGGGGCGCUGAGGCCGCCGAGGCCAAGCGCGCUGCCGAAGUUGUUGUCGAGCGCUUGAAGAAAGAGGCUCUGGCGCUUGCCAGGCUACGUCAUCCCGGGAUUCUCGAGGUCGUUGAGCCCGUCGAAGAGACUCGUGGUGGAGGCUUGCAGUUCGUCGCCGAGGCCGUGACGGCAUCACUGUCAGGUCUGCUUCAGGAGAAGGAUGACCAAGAGAGAGGUGGCACCACCGGCCGUGCCAGCCGAUAUGUGACCGAGGAGCCGGACGGGACGCGACGACGCCGCGAGAUCGAGAUCGACGAGCUUGAGAUACAGAAAGGCCUGCUUCAGAUCAGCAAGGCGUUGGAGUUCCUGCACGAGAACGCCGGUCUGGUUCAUGGUAAUUUGACACCGGAUGCUAUUCUGGUGAAUGCAAAGUCGGAUUGGAAGCUCGCAGGUUUGGCGUUUUGCAGCCCAGCCGAUUCUUCGAACGCACACUCUUCGUCGAUCCCUCCAAUCAACCUCCGAGAAGCCCUUAGACACGUCCCAAGCCUUCCACGAUCCGUACAGCUGAACCUCGACUACACAUCUCCCGACUUUGUCCUCGACAACAACAUCACUCCGGCUGCCGACAUGUUCUCCAUGGGCCUGCUGUGCAUCGCCCUCUACAACUCUCCACACAGAUCACCCAUUGAGUGCCAUGGCAGCCUGACUUCCUACCAGCGCAUCUUCCAGUCGUCGUCGAGCAUACCGAACUCGUCCAACAACUUCCUCUCGUCCCGCAAGCUCCCUAAGGAGCUCGCCAAUCACCUGCUCCCCCGCCUGAUCACUCGUCGUCCUGCUCAGCGUAUGAAUGCCACCGAGUUCCAGCAGAGCGAGUUCUUCAACAAUACCCUGGUGGCCACUAUCCGCUUCCUUGAUACCUUCCCGGCCAAAACCAUGGCCGACAAGACCAAGUUCCUGAGGGGUCUGGUCAAUGUGCUCCCCUCGUUCCCCAAGUCGGUGAUGGAGAAGAAGAUACUGCCUGCCCUGCUCGAAGAGCUCAAAGACAAGGAAUUAAUUUCUCUGAUCCUACAUAACGUCUUUAAAAUCAUCAGCUUACUGCCCUCGGGCCGGCGGGCGUUUGGCGACAAGGUACGGCCAGCGCUCAAGGAGAUCUUUGUUACCAACGUCAAGCACGAACCAGGCAAGGAGAGGGAGAAGGACCCAGCCCGUGAUGCCGGCCUCAUGGUAGUGAUUGAACAGCUCGGCGUGAUCGGUGAGAAUUGCAACGGCAAGGAGUACAAAGAUGACAUCCUUCCCAUCAUAUUCAGUGCCUUGGACUCUGGGACACCAUCCCUGGUCGACGCGGCACUCCAGAGCGUCCCCAAUAUCCUCCCACAGCUAGACUUCAGCACCAUCAAAAACGAGCUCUUCCCCGUGAUCGCCACCAUCUUCAGCCGAACCAACAGCCUAGCCAUCAAGAUCCGGGGUCUCCAAGCGUUUGUCACUCUCUGCGGCGGCUCCAACGACCCAGGGGACGACGGACUGGACGGUCUCUCCCCCCAAAACAAGAAAGCAACCUCCUCCACCGCGCUCGACAAGUUCACCAUGCAAGAAAAGAUCGUCCCCCUCAUCCGCAACAUCAAGACCAAAGAACCCGCCGUCAUGAUGGCCGCCCUCAAGGUCCUCCGUGUCGUCGGUCGCAUCGCCGACGCCGACUUCGUCGCUAUCGAUAUCCUCCCCAUCCUGUGGACCAUGGCCCUCGGCCCGCUGCUGAAUCUCAAACAGUUCCAGGCGUUUAUGGAACUCAUUAAGGAAUUAUCGGGGAGGGUGGAGGAGGAGCAUAGCAGGAAAUUGGCCGAGCUGGCGAGAGGCGAUCCGACGUCCCCGGCCGUCAAGGACGAUUUCAUGUCGUUUGGCCCGCCGGCGACGGUCGGGUCGCAGUUAGAUGCGAAUGGGACGUCGGAGACGGAUUUUGAGAGUUUGGUGAAGGGGAGCUCGGGGGCGGGGGCGGGGGCGAAUCCGCUGGAUGUGGGGCUGGAGAGUUUGGCGUCGCCGACCGGGUCGGUGUCGUCCAAGAGGUCGACCCCGGCGCCGACGUUCUCGUGGUCGACGGCCCCUGCGGCAGCUGCGCCGGCUUCAUCUACGCAGAAGGGAGCGUUCAGGAGUGUUACUCCGGAUUUGUCCCAUAUCCAGCCUAUUGCGCCGGCGACGACGCAGUUCUCGCAGCCGUUGCAGCCUACAAGUGUUGGUAGUACCGAGCCGAAGCCGCCGACUUCGACGUUCUCGUCGUCGUUCUCAACAGUUACAACACAGCCUAGUACUACAGGGUCGACAUCGAUUGACUGGAGUGCUGCGACUAAGACGAGCGCGAGUAAUAUCUGGUCGACACCUUCUACUACUUCCACAACGACCAACACGCUGGCAUCUUCGCUUGGCUCACUCUCCCUCAACCCGCAAGCACACCAAAAAACCGGCACAUCAUCCUUCUCCCUCCCUCCUCCCCCCGGAAGUACCACUACCACGACCGGUACCGCACGCAGCGGCCUAUCAAGCUUCAGCCUUGCCCCUCCUCCUGGCUCAAAUCUGAACAAGAAGCCCUCUGCUUCCUCCUUCGGCGGCUUGGGUAGCUUGAAUGCGAGCGCUACUGGAAGUGGGCUGAACAGCCUGAACAGUCUUAAUAGUCUGAAGAAUCUCUCCACUUCGACGUCAACCUCAACCGGUAUGGGGAUGGGAAUGGGUAUGAUUUCGAGCAGCAACAGUGGCUUUGGAACGACUAUGGCAGGAGGGAUGAGCUUGAGUAUGCAGCCUCUUCAGCCGAUGAAUGUUUCCGGCGGUAGUAGCAUGAUGGGAAUGGGGAUGGACAGCGGAUUUGGGCAGUCGCACGGACAACAGCAGCAGCAGAGUCAGAAGACGGGGUUGGAUAAGUAUGAGAGUUUGUUGUGA